CCAAGUCAAAAACAGAUAUUUGCAUCACCAAGCGACGGCCACACCAGCGCAAACGACAGCGGAGUAAAAAUUUUCGCUCUGCGAAUAUUUAUAAAAAAUUGCUUUGAAAGCAAAUAGCUGAAAUUAGAAAGAAUACACGCCAUGGCCUGCAACGCUAGCAAGACGUCGCUCCUGCGCUCCAUUGCCAAACGAGGCUACUCCACCUGCCCGCGUCCUGCUGGCGACGUGUCCAGCAUCAAUGUCAAGGUGCUGGAGAACAAGCUUGUGGUUGCCUCCGCAGAAGCCACUGUUCCGGUUACGCGUGUCUCCCUGGUGUUGGGAGCUGGCUCCCGUAACGAGGCCUACGACACCCAGGGUGCUUCGCAUCUGCUCCGUUUGGCCGGAGGUCUGAGCACCCAGAACUCGUCCGCGUUCGCCAUCGCCCGCAACAUCCAGCAGGUAGGCGGCACCCUGUCCACUUGGGGCGAUCGCGAAGUUGUUGGCUACACCGUGACCACCACUACCGACAACGCCGAAGUUGGACUGCGGUAUCUUCAGGAUUUGCUGCAGCCUGCUUUCAAGCCCUGGGAACUGACUGACAAUGCCAAGACCCUUCUGAACCAGUUGGACGCCGUCUCCAAAGAGCAACGCGUAGUUGAGUUGGUGCACAAAGCCGCCUUCCGCAAGGGCCUGGGUAAUUCGAUCUACUCCCCUCGCUUCCAGCUUGGUAAGCUUUCAUCGGAGAGCCUGCUGCAUUACGUGUGCGAGACCUUCGCCGCUGGACGUGCCGCUGUUGUAGGCGUUGGCAUUGACAUCAACACCCUCUCCGGAUUCGCUCAGACUCUGCAGUUCCCCAACGGCGGUGCUAAGCCCGAGUCGCCCAACUGGUACGGUGGAGAUGCUCGCAAAGAUACUGCUGGUCACCAAACUGUCGUUGCUGUGGCUGGACAGGGUGGUGCCGCUUCCAACCACAAGGAAGCUUUGGCAUUUGCUAUUUUAGAGCAAGCUGUGGGUGCUGGAGCGGCCACCAAGCGUGGUAACUCGGCUGGACUUUUCGGUGAUGCCAUCGCCAACGCCGGAGGAUCUGCUGCUGUUAAGGCUAUUAACGCCAGCUACACUGAUGCUGGCCUGUUUGGCUUUGUGGUUUCUGCUGAUUCCAAAAACGCCGGAAAGGCUGUGGACUUCCUGGUUCGUGCCCUGAAAUCUGGUGCAGUGUCCGACAAGGAUGUUGCCCGCGGCAAGGCCCUGUUGAAGGCCCGCGUUAUCUCGCAGUACUCUUCCGACAGCGGGCUGAUCAAGGAGGUCGGCCGCCAAGCAGCGCUCACCCGCAACGUGCUGGAAGCCGACGCUCUGUUGGCAGCCAUCGACGGCAUCUCGCAGUCAGAAGUUCAGGCGGCCGCUAAGAAGGUCGGCAGCUCCAAGCUGGCUGUAGGUGCCAUCGGCAAUCUGGCUAAUGUGCCCUAUGCCUCCGAUUUGGCUUAAGUAGUUAAUCACCCGUAAAGCUGUUAACCGUAAUGUAACGACAAAAAUAAACCUGUUGAGAGGAAAGAAACGAG